UCGCGUUUCUGGUGACGAAAAUCUUACGCCUAAAAAAUCACAAUUUUAACCGGAAAAUCUUGCUUAAAUUCGCGUUAAAACACCUUCAUUUUGUGUAUUACUCAAAGUGAAUCGCACUAAAAGUGGUUUUCUUUGAGCUACUGUGCGCAGAAGUGUAUAAAAUCCGAUUUUAAAGUGCUCUUUUUUUUUAAAGAAGAACAAGAAGAAGCUUGAACUUGGGCUUACUCAAACAAAGCGGCAAUCAUGGAUGUCGCGAGGCAACUGCUGGACGAGUUGAUGGGCCGGAACCGGAAUCUUCAUCCAUCCGUCAAGACCAAGGAGUUAAACUGGGAAGAUGAGGAGUUUUGCACAUAUUUCAUGGUUAAAUUCUGCCCGCACGAUCUGUUUGUCAAUACCCGGGCGGAUUUGGGACAGUGUGGCAAGCUGCACGACGAAGAAGCAAAGAAGCUGUUCGACGCAACAAAACCGUGUCGUAAGAAGACCCAGUACGAGGAAGAUUUUCUUCGGUUCUGUACCAACAUGAUCAACGAAGUCGACCGGAAGAUAGUGAAAGGUAAGCAAAGACUACUUUUGAUGAACAGCAAGCUGGAGAAUCGACCGGUUUCCAAACAGCAAGAGCAGAUCAAUACGAUCAACGAAAAGAUCGGCAAGCUGAUCCGAGAAGCUGAGGAAGCCGGCAUACGAGGCGAUGUGGAUCAGGCACAGAGCCUGAUGCUUAUGAGUGAUCAGCUGAAGGAGGAAAAGGACGAAUUGAUCAAACAGCAUGAAUCGAAUGGAUGGUCAGUGACCGCGGAAUAUGCCGCAUCGCAGGAGAAGCAAAUGGAAGUUUGUCAGGUUUGUGGUGCGUUCCUCAUCGUAGGUGAUGCACAGCAACGAAUCGAUGAUCAUCUUACCGGCAAGCAACAUUUGGGCUAUUCAAAGUUGAGAAAAGCGGUCGAGGAGAUGGUGGAAGCCAGAAAUAAGCCUGCACCACCACGAGUGGAAGAGCGGCGGCGAGAUGAUGAUCGUAGACGUGAUCGUCGUCGGGAUGAACCUAGAUCGAGAGAGCGUGAUGAUCGCUUUAAGCGUGAUGAUAGACGUCGGGAUCGUCGAGAUACUCGUGAUAGGGACUACGAACGUCACGAAAGACGCGAUCGCGAUCGUGAUCAUGAACGGCAGUAUAAGAGAUCUGAACGUCAUCGCAGCAGAAGUCGCAGCCAUUAAAGCAGCUAGUCUAAACAGUAAUAUUUGUGUCGUCGUGUUGCUUUUUGUUGCCGAUUAGAGACAGUGAGAGAGAGAGAGAGGAAAAGUAGUAGUAGUUCUUCGUUCAACCCCCCCACAUUUUUCGGAUCAAGAGGUAUCCCAAGCUACAGAAAUAAAAUUAUAGGCAAUUAAUAAUCUAUCAGCUUUCCACCAGGUAAGUCGGUUUGUGCAAUACCAUUACUAAUCGAUCUUUUUUCGUUUCUUUCAUCGUCGAAUGUGUUUUAUAUGUCAUAUAAUCCUAUCGAGUAAGAGCUCAGGUCAACAGAAAAGCAAAUACGUUAACAGUUACACUCCAAUUGAAGCAUUCAGAAAACUAAAACGUGUCUUGUUGAGGGUCGGUAUGUACUUUUUCUCCGGACAGGUUAGUGUCUUCAGAUAGACCACAAUAUUUGCAGACGUAUCGUGUUGGUGUAAUGUUGAGAAAUUUGAGCUCGACGCAUGUCAGGUAUACACUCGUUCAGCAUACAAUCCUAAUUCCGAUUCGAUUAUCCUUGCAGUUAUUUUGAUUUUCUGAUAGCCAUUUCUUAAUUCAAGGCGAAGAAGUAGAAUGCUUUAAACAAGAAAGGUAUCUGUUUUCCUUGUUUUACGAAAAGUUUCACAGUAGACAUUCACUGUUAAACUUGUAGUUUUUCUAGAGCGUCGUUUGGGGUCGCGUAAAAGAAAAUUGUUGCUCCGAUGGAACCGGAGCUACCGUACAAAUCGUGCAUCCAGGAUUUAGAGGUACAUUUCAGCUGAAACAAUAUUGUCUAUUUUCAAAUAAAAAAAAAAUGCACAGGGUGUUUGAAGGAGAAGCCGUUUGGUUGCGAACAAAAGGAAGCAGCAUUGCGUCCUACUGUUAUCAUCGUGUCUACCUACAUCUUUCGAUGCUACCAUCGACGGAAGCCAUAUAUGAAAGCAGGUAUUUCCUAACCUUUCUGUGUUGUCUAAAAAAACCUAUUGGUGGUUAAUGAUGCUUCAAGAUGAAUGAUUUCCAGGCUAAAUUGAACGGACGUUUGGGCUUACCUGCUUUGAGUUUGAUGAAACUUGCUAGUAUUGUACCUAACUGGUAUUAAGAUGUCAGUUGUCGCAUAUAAAAGUAAGCUCAGGGAAAGACGCUGGGCUAAUUUUGUUAAGAAAAACCGAUCUUUGCACUGAAUAUUUUUAUAGUAAUAUAUCCUGUUUAUAGACGUCUUGUAGGAAUUGAAUUUCUUAACUACCGAUAGGUGACCAGUCAACUAGAAAAUAACCGGGAAUAUGUAUUUAAUUUAAAACAAAUAUUGUUUCGGCCUACAUUUUCGUUCCUAAACAAAUUGAAGCACGAUGACGGUGAUUUUCCUCCUUCGACCUGACGAUUCGGCCUUGUGCGGUAUGUUAAAACGAAAAUGUCCAACGCUUCAUCAACAAUCAACCCCUGCUGGAUUUUCUACAGCAACCGCUUAAACGUGUCCCGAACAGUUUGAAUGAGGAUGAAAAGGUGCCGUGGUCUGUUGUCUCUAAUGGGCUAUCCAUUUAUUACGUCACGCUAAAUGUGGGAGAAAUCAACCUCCUUUCGUCACGCUUUUCCUAUACUUGAUACAUUGAUUGUCACAGAUUCUUAAACCCCUCCCCCUAAGAGCGAGACUUACUAAAUUGAUGCUUCCUAACGAGCGUUU